AUGCAUUUCUUAUCUUUUGUUUGUCUAGCUAGUGUCGCGUAUGCAGCAUCACGCACCACUGCUCCCUCCGGGUCUAUCGUUGUAGCCAAAUCUGGUGGUCAUUAUGACACUAUCAGCUCUGCUGUUUCCGCUCUGAGUACCACCACCACUAAGACCCAGAUAAUCUACAUCGAGAAGGGCACAUAUGCGGAGCAGGUUUACAUUCCAGCAUUAGAGGGUGAACUCAUUAUUUAUGGUGAAACAGAAGAUACAUCUACGUAUUCCUCAAACCUCGUUACAAUCACCAGCGGAAUCGGGUACCCUGCUACUAAGAACGAUGAUAAGACUGCCACAUUGCGAAACCAUGCCAAAAACAGCAAAAUAUAUAACAUCAAUGUCAAGAACACCUAUGGUAAGGGUCACCAGGCUCUCGCACUAAGUGCCUAUGGCGAAUACCAAGGAUACUAUGGCUGUCAGUUUAUUGGCUAUCAAGACACCGUCCUUGCCGAAGAGGGAUAUCAGGUUUAUGGAAAGUGCUUGAUUGAGGGAGCUAUUGAUUUCAUCUUUGGCCAAUAUUCACCGGCUUGGUUUGAUAGCUGUGAUAUUCGCGUUGUUAGCGGGCCUACUCAGGGUACAAUUACGGCUAAUGGUCGUGUUUCCAGCUCUGGAACUUCUUACUUUGUCAUCAACAAAUCCACUAUCGAGGCUGCAUCCGGUAAUUCUGUGUCCAAUGGUGCCUACUACCUUGGCCGUCCCUGGUCUGAGUACGCGCGGGUUGUCUUCCAAGAAACAACAAUGUCCAGCGUCAUAAAGUCGGCAGGUUGGAUUGAAUGGUCCAGCUCCACCCCAAAUACUGAACAUGUUAUUUUCGGCGAGUAUGGCAACUCUGGCGAUGGUAGCGAAGGCACUCGUGCGAGCUUUGCCAGCAAGCUUCGCUCUGCAGUCAGCAUUACUACGAUCCUCGGCAGCGACUAUAAAGACUGGGUCGAUACCGACUACUUAUCCUAG